UCGGCAAUGUGCUGAAAAACAAAACUAUGCAUUUUUAGCCAAGCGCGAUGUGGAGCUUUAUUUUUAUUUUUAUUUGGUUUAAUUGAUUUCGCUAAUGUGCUACGGAAAAGUGUGAUUUUGUCCUGUUUCCUUGCGUUCAGUGUGUUUGUGCGUAUGAAUGCGUGACUGUUUGUGUGUAUCAUUUCCCAAACCCCUAUAUUGUCCCAGCGUCUGUUUCGCCGUGCCCUUGGGAUGGGCAGAAAACGUAUUUAGCUUCCAUUUUCCAGCCGCGCCAACACAUCCAACAGCAAGGGUAGCGCCAUUGUUCUUUCACAUCCUGCUUCACGGGGUUGUUAGCCGCAGCAGCAGCAGCAGCAACGCUUGCUAAGAAUGCGCGUUGUUCAUGCCAAAGGGAAAGCAAUCCGUCUUUCCUUCACACAUACCCACAGACACAUACACACACGUGAACAUACAAGAACACCGGUAAAGCUUCUAGCAGCAGCAGCAGCCGAAGCUGAAAAGGACGCUCCGUUUGGUUGCCAUUUGCCAAACUUGUUGUGUCGCCAUUUGUCGUUCUUCUUCAAUUUCGGGUGCAAUGUACCGUUCACAUGGACGGAGCCACCACACAACAUAUACUACCGUAGGGACACGUGUGUGUGUGUGUGGGAGAUAGGUAGAAGGAUUCUUUUCUCCGAUCCUUUUCUUUGGCACCUUAUUCUUAUGCCUUUGCUGGCUCUGUAUGUUUGAGCAUUUGGAGCUGGAGCAUUUGUGUGCUUAGGUUUCAUCCAUCAGGACAACAAUUUGGUUUUGGUUGUGGGUAAAGCAGGGAGGGCCCCGAACGUAGCGUGCAGGUCAAAGUGAAGAAAAGGAAAGGAAAAAAAAAUACCCGGCGUCUGUGCACCAUCCGGCGCGUAGCAAAACUCCACCGCCGUCUUCGAUUUCUUCAUCGUCUGCUAACAGCAAAGAGAGAGAGAGGCAGAGAGACAGAGAAAGAAGAAAGAAACCGGCAAAGAAACCGCCAAGAAACACUCAGGCAGGCUCCGGUCUCUUUUUGAAACAAAACAGACCGAAGUGGUGAGGAGUAUAGAACGAGAACCAAGCAGCGGAGGGAUGAAAUGUGUAUCGGUUCCCCCCACAAAAAACACACACACACACACACACACACACACACACAACACACACACACACACACACACACACACACACACACACACACACACACACACACACAAAGAAAACCAGGCAUAGGAAACGAGUUUUUGGUAAAGAACGGAACAGGAUCGCCGCGAAAGGCAUCCACAUACGGGAAUUAGGAAAAGAAAAACGAUGCAAAGGGGUUGCUGAACAUGCGGGGAAAGGGGGGAUGAAAAGAUCACGACCGAAACAUAACACGGCAAAGAACGCUAAGAGCGAAAGCGAUUGGGGAGAAGCAAGCAGCAAAAAAAACAAGUGAAAAAAGAAAAACGCCAGAAUGUGUGCGUGCACGUGUGUAUGUGUGUGUGUGUGCGUGUGUGGAGAGCAAAAUAACAUGCCCCCCUCGCCAAGAACGAACGAAGAAGAACAGAGAAGAAACGACGCGUUUACCCUUGCUUUUUUCUCCCCUUUUGCUUCCUCCUUCCUGCUUCCCUCUUCCACCUUUCUGGAGCGUGUUUGCGUGAUGGGGGGAUGAUGAUGAUGAUGAUGAUGGCGGCGGCGAUGAUGCUCCCACAUAACUAAAAGAGCCUUUCUGGAGCGGCCUCAGGGUGGUGGUGGUGGGGUGUUGGUGGUGGUACAUGCUGAAGAAGAAUGAACGCGCUUCCCGGCAACGAAAGGAACCCUGGAAAACGGUGCUGCGUUGUUUUUUUGUUUGUUUCUUUGUUGUUGUUGUUUAAUUCAUAUGUGUGUGUGUGCGAUUUCUGUGUGCGUUCCGCACUUUUCUUACCCUUCCGCUUGGUUUCUCGCGUUGCGUACGCGCAUUAGUGGCUCUGUGUGUGUGUGUGUGUGUGUGUGUGUGUGUGUGUGUGUGUGUGUGUGUGUGUGUGUGUGUGUGUGUGUGUGUGUGUGUUUGCGUCUGUGAGAAGGAAGCCAGCGGGAGCCCACUGUUUGGGUGUGUGCGUUCUCCUGUACUUUGUACCGUCGCGUUUCCAGUUUGCGAGCGGUGAACGCUGUGUGAUCGUACGUGCGCGUGUGUGGAGUGAUGCGGUGGAGAGCGGUACGGUUAGCGUCGUUUGCGGAGUGGUGAAGCGAACGGUGGUGGCGGUGGUAGUGGAGUCGUAGGGGAGAUUGCAUUUGACACAGCAAGAACAAGACGCACACAGGCACACGGUGUUACGCACGAUCAAGAAGCCGCAGCUGCCUGCCUGUGAACGGGACAGCGUGAGUGAGAGAGUGAGUGAGAAGCAAUUGCGUUAACGCUUCCGAGAGAUAGAAACGCACGGUGUGAGUGUGUUUGUGCGUGACAAGCGCGGUUUGUGUUGGAUCGUUAAAGCGAGAGCGAGAGAGAGUGAGCGAGAGCGAGAGAGGGAAGCGUGAGAACGUAUUUUUCUAACACUCCCCACUGCCCCCCCCCCUUCUGUUCUUUUAUUAUUUGUUGUGCGUUUCUGCUCCAAAGUAGCAGCAUUGUCAGGAUAUUGUUGUGUACCGACGGCGACGACAACGACAGAUGUGCGGCGUGUUCUGGUUUCGUUCCAGUCCGCCCAGCUGCUGCCGCGCCGUUGCGUCCCUUUUGGCUGAGCGUUUCCCCCUUUAUUUUCUUGGAAAGUUUAGUACUCAUUCUUCAGCGUAAGAUUUGGAACGUAAAACCAAACCAAACCAAACAAAACUCAGUAGUGUGCAGUAAAUUGAGCAAAAAAAAAAAGGCGAAAGUAAUAUAACAAACCAGCGCCGUAAAAGUAGUGUAUGUUCGUGUGUGUGUAUGUGUGUUUGUGUGCUAUCAUUAUUAGCGUGUGUGAAACGCGAAGCGCGAAAGCAAAACCCGUAUCAAUGUAUCUAAACUAAAAACAGCAGUUACGAUCAGCAUUAAACACAUUCUUCAGCAAAACCGUAGAACGUAUUCUCUCUCCCUCUCUCUAACUAGAGUAUCUAUUAGUAGUGUUACUACCAUUUCUACUACUAUAGUGGCAGUUUGUAGAGAAAAAAAAAUAAAUAAACACACACACAUAGAACAAAAGGUGGAGUAUAUCUCCCCAAAGUGUAUAUUGAAGCUUGGUGGCCGCGUAGAUUGAUCAGCACGAUCAGCACGAUCUCCCAGCAGCAGCAGCAGCAGCAGGAGCAGCAGCAGGAGCAAGCGGCAAGUGGAGCAGCGAACGGAAAGAUGCUGUUUGAAACGACUAUAUCGCCCGCAAAAAUGUAUCAGUACAAUGUGCCUCCACCGAUGCAGGGCCCGGCGGCCGUUCCCGUACCGAACAUAAGAUUGCACGCCGCCACUUAUGGUGCCGGCACACUCGAUCCGAAUGGAAUUCUGGACACACACGAUCUACACACUACGCUGGUGCCCCUUAAGCCGGCGCUGCUCGCAUCCCAGGCAGCCGUCGUAGCCGCGACCCAACAGCAACAGAUGAAGAGAGAGCAGUCGCAAACGUCACAGCAGCAGGCCCAGGUACUGUCACCGCAGCAGCAGCAGCAGCCCCAGCCGACCGCCGCCCAACAGCAGCAGCAGCUCCAGGUCCAGCUCCAGCAGCAACAGGUGCAGGCCCAGGUCCAGCAGCAACAGCAGCAGGCGGCACAGCAGCAAGCCCAGCAGCAGCAAGCGCAGGCCCAGCAGCAGGCCCAGCAGCAGGCACAGCAGCAGCAGGUGGUGGCACAGCAACAGCAGCAGGUUAACGGGGCAAGCGUUAACGGUUGCGCCAAGACGGGCGGCAACGCCAGCAACGGCAGCUCGUCCGGCCGCUCCACACCGAACAAUGGUAGCGAUCCGGCACCGGGCAAGCUGUUCGUCGGCGGGCUGAGCUGGCAGACGUCGUCGGAGAAGCUGAGCGAGUACUUCGGCAUGUUCGGCACGGUUACGGACGUGCUGAUCAUGAAGGAUCCCGUCACUCAGCGAAGCCGCGGUUUCGGGUUCAUCACAUUCCAGGAGCCGAACAGCGUGGACAAGGUGCUGCAGGUGCCGAUACACACGCUCGACGGCAAGAAGAUCGAUCCGAAGCACGCAACGCCGAAGAACCGCCCCAAGACGCAGUCGAACAAGACGAAGAAAAUCUUCGUCGGCGGCGUCAGCCAGGACACGUCGGCCGAGGAGGUGAAGGCGUACUUCAGCCAGUUCGGCAAGGUGGAGGAGACGGUGAUGCUGAUGGACCAGCAGACGAAGCGCCACCGCGGCUUCGGCUUCGUCACGUUCGAGAACGAGGACGUGGUCGACCGGGUGUGCGAGAUUCACUUCCACACGAUCAAGAACAAGAAGGUGGAGUGCAAGAAGGCGCAGCCGAAGGAGGCGGUCGCACCGACCGCCCAGCAGCUGCUCCAGAAGCGCAUCAUCCUGGGCAACCUGGGCGUGCCGAUGGGUGCGGGCGCUCCGAGCUCGGCCGCCGCCGCUGCCCGGCUGGUCGGGGCGGCCCAGGCCGGUGGCAAUCCGGGGCUGGUCAAUCCGCUCGCCGCCAACCCGCUGAUGGUGCAGGCGCAGGCGGCCCAGGCAGCUCAGGCGGCCCAAGCGGCCCAGGCUGCCGCGAUGCAGCUGCAGAACGGGUUCGGCAAAGUCUUCACUACAUAUCCUCCGACACUGCAUAGCUUUAGAUACUCGCCAUACACCAUUCCAUCGGCUGCCGCUGCCGCCGCUAAUGCAGCCGCCGGCGUGAAUCCGCUGACGAGCGUGUCCGCCAACCAGGCCGCCCAGGGCCAGCCGCAGCAGGUACCGCACCCGACGUCCGUCGCCGGCGCCACGGUGGCGACGCAGGGCGCCCCGCAGCAGACGAGCCAGCAGGCCGCGGCCGCCGCCCAGAUGGCAGCCGCCGGUCUGACGAACCCGUACCAGGGCUACAGCCUGGCCAAUGUAGACAUGUCGAGCUUCCAGGGCGUCGACUGGGGCUCGCUGUACGGCAUGGGAAUAUUGUACCCUGAAAGCCACUGUUGAGAGCUCCGCCGUCUCUUCACCGCCAUCGUCUGUUUUCCUAGCAGCGGUGGUGGCAGCAGUAAGCGAAUGCAACGCAACCCCUCCCACCAUUGCAUUGCAUUCAUCUUCCGGCUGGUCGGUUGAUUAGUUACAGCCGAUGAUGUUGGCCAGCCCGUAAAUGGGGUGCAUAAGUAGUGCAGAAGACAAGAUCAACUGUACUAAUCAUCAUCAUCAUCAUCAUGAUCAUGAUCAUCAUCACGAUACAUCGUAAAGACUGUUUUAGUUCUGUUAAGUUUUAUUUAGUCGAACGGAGGAUAUUAUUUUAGAUUUGCUUUUAUUGUACACCAAUACAGAGAGCGGGGCGCUGCUCUUUAGCACUAACAAUGAGAAAACUUGUAUUGCUAUCAACUCUAUCAUUUUGCUACAACGAUUCAAUCACUCGCUCGAUACCUGCGCAACAACGGUCAUUAAAGAUAAGCAAUAAUUAUUUUUAACCCGCAUCCCGACCCAAUCCAUUCAUAUGGCGGCUCAGAUGGUGGAAGCAGUAAGCUCCCGAACAAAAAACACAUUUCGUCUUGGCAAAACACACAUUCAUGUCAAUAUUGUUCGGCGUACAGAUUUUCUCUCCUCAACUCUCCUCCAACGAACAGAGCGUGACGAGAAGAAGCAAACGAUGGGGAGAACUGCAAGAAACCCCAAAUCCAUCAAUCAAGACCGAUCGUGUGCGCUCUCUGCUCUACACUUUCCAUUCUUUCCCUCCAAGCAGUGUGGUGUUUUUUUGUAUUAUUAUUAUUAUUACUAUUGCGCUAUUUUUAACCCAGAAGCGCUCAAAUGUGUCCGUCACUGUUUCGGAUUUCAAGUACCGUGCAGUUUUGGCGUGGCCGGACGUUCUGGGACUUAUGCCUUCACGGCUCAUAAUGUUGCUUCCAAUGGAAGCACAUCCUUGUGUGUGUAUGUGUGUUUGUGUUUUUUUAACCAGCCGAGCUCGAAGAAUGAACCCGAUUGAGUAGCAGCGAUCUGCGAAUGCAGUGGUCGGCAAUGCAUUGCACGUGUGAACGGCGUAGUUUUUUAAUUGCAUGAUUUAAAAAUUUUAUUAACUAAGGUCAUGGGAAAACAUGCGUACUUCAUUUAUUGUACAGUGGAUUGUUGUAUGGUAGAUAAAAAUGCAACAUCCAACACAGCUGCCCUGGCUCUGGUGUAACGAAUGCGUUUCUCCAUUUCCUAUGAUACUGGUUUAUUGCUUUUACCUAUAAUAAACCAUUUUUAUUUUUCGUUUUUCUCUGUGUAGCAAUUACACACAGUAAAUGUAGCGCAAACACUUCACAACAUCAUCACACCUGGAGGAAAGUGUGUGAUAGGGAGGGUUAAAUAUGACGAUAUUAAGGAUACAGGUUCAUGUACCCACCAAUGGUGAAACUAUUAAUUUGUCUAAACAAAAUCAUAUUUAGUUCGUCUUUAGUAAUCCAACGAGAUUUUUUUUUUGUUAUCUAUCGAAAAAAAGUGACACGGGUUCAUCGUUCAACAGUUUAUCGCCACAUAGCAUAGCAUUAAUUAGCAUAGCAUAGCCGUUCAUUAGUAGUUGGAAUGUGUUGCACUGUUUGGUUGUAUAAUGCCGUGCUUUCCGUUGACAUGUAUCGCGUUCGUUAAAGGCAAAAUAAUAGCAAAGAUGCAAAGUUGUCAGUUAGUUUAGUUUGCGCGUUCAGUGUUAAUACUUUGUGGCCCUCGCGCCGUGUGGGCCUGUUUUCUUUCUUUCUCUCCGUCUCUGUCGCUCAUCUGUUUGCCUUGCGGCAUACCCUCCUUUUCUUUUCACUGCCUUAUGAUCAACUUAUCCUUCUUAUCCAAGUUCGUUCUCUCUCGUAUGCCGGGCCGUACGGAUUGUUGCGUGAGUGAGAUACUCGCUUCAGCGGAAGAGGGAACAGUUACCAUUAGAGAUAUAAAUUUGUUCGUUCGCCAUUUUAUCAAACUUUCUAUAUACAUAUACACUUUGUAAAAUGCGGUAGUUGUGUACUGAACUCAUUUUGUACUGUAGUUUCCAUCUAGUUUUUUUUUGUACAAUUUCUUUGUUAAUGUUACAUAUGUAUGCAGUUUUUGUUCGAUUUCUACAACUUUUCCUACUACUAGCAGCGAUCAAUAUCAGUAGUAGUAGUUGUUGUGUUUCGGUUUAAAUCUAGCCGUUUCGUUCUGUUCUGUAAUUAGAUGUUUCAAUUCAAACCUUUACGGUAUAUGCAGGGCAGAAUAAACAAAAAAACGCCAUACAAAAUUCCUCGCAUGCCAAAGCUCUUUUCCAUUGCUAAAUGUUGCUAUUACGAGACAAGCCGUAACGUGUAACGUUUUUCUUCAUUCAAGCCAAAACGAAAUCGUAGCGGUAGCGUUUUGAUCAACCAUUACUACGCGUUAGGCGCGUGUGUUUUGUGUUAAGCUCGCGUACGCUUUUCUAACACACAAUAUCACUCGAAAAGGCAGUUUAGUGCCAUUUGGUGUAAUAUGUCUUAUUAUUUCCAAACAAUAUUCAUAUCGAGCAAGUCUGUUUUGAUCUUUACUGUACAAAAUGUCGCCUUCAAUGUCUUUUCCUUUCCUUUCCACGAUGAAUAGAAAACACACACAUUUGCACGGGUUUAAUAUUCAAUAUCAACAGUGAGUAGUCGGAAAUGAUGAAUGAUCUGCCAUCGCAAAAGCCGUUGUUAUAUUAGGAAAGUAGGAACUUUUAUCACACGAUUUGCUUUGCUUCUAACUACCUUUGUGACAAUACUCAUCAUCUCCACCGUGUUGUAGUGAGACUCGAAUUCGGUAAUUCCUUGUAGGUUUGUUUUUAAAAGUAAAGUAAAGAAACCGAGAACCUCUUACUGUGACGCUAUUGCAAACCUAAUGGUUAUACAAAUAGCGGUUAACCGCCUAUCGCAUGUGAACAUUCACAGAAAGAGUAAAACGUACUUAAAAAAAAGCAUGUAUAAAUAAAACCACAUAAAUCUUACAUAAAGAAACAAACAACAAACAUAUCGUAUUUGAGCGACCAAUGUCGUCAGUAAAGAGGGGCCGGGGGCGAUGGUAUAGAAGAAAAACUCAAACUCAAACUAGGAGCAUUUAUCGUCUUCAACGGACCGGAGCACAUUCGAACGAGAAUUAAAGCAAAUGUAAUGUGACAUCACACACUCGAGCGGUAGUCAUACUUUGUAAGCUAAAUAAGGUAACCAACGUUCUUCCAUACAAAACACUAGAAAAAUACAUAUAUUUAUACUAUCGAGAGAUGCUGCAGAUCAGCAAGUAAUAGGGUUUGAAUACUAAAGGAACGAACGGAACAAACAGUACCAAAACAAGGAAAGGAGAAGACAACCACAAAAAGGUGCACACAGCGCGAUUACUUUGCAGCAACAUCCGACAAAUGUAUAAACAUACACACACACACUUCAAACGAGCUGCAAACAAAUUUAUAUCUCUAUAAGUGAACUAUUCCGAGAGUGAGAUAAAUCGAGCUAAUAAUUACUAGGAAAAUCCAACCCACAAAUCCAAACCCCAGUGAGAGACGAACUGAUGAAGCAGGAUAAACACAAACGAUUAGAAGCAAACAGUCGGGAAUUAUUUACCUACUUGUGAGCAAGACAGACAAGCUCUUGAGCGAUGCUUCAUCAUAUUCAAGCAACUGCUGUUUUAGUAGAGCCGCCAAUUGGCUGGGGAGCGGAUUUUAUUUUCAAAGUCCGGUUUCCGCCUGGUUUCGCAUUGAACUCACUCAUGGUACAAACUACUGAUGAGCGCAUAACGCAUUAGAAGCGGCGGUUUGCCGUGUGGUUUUGAAGCUCCUUCUAACGGCAACAGAAAGCUUCCUUCCUACCUCAGAAAGCACUAGCAGAGGUGUAAGAGCCCGAGAGAUAUGUGUUUUUUGUUUUGUUUUGUUUUUUUUUUUCUUCAAUACAACAUUGGCUAUGGUCAAAAGGGGAGUAAUUUAAAUGUAUCUCCUCUUUAACACGCUAAGCACUAAUGGGCGGGUACGAGAUCAAUUUAAAAAAAUACACACACACACACACAAACCCGUAAAAACCCAAAAGGCUAGUGACGUAAUGCGAGAUUAUCGAUUCGGUAGUUUUAUGAUUUUAGGCUGGCACUAGACAAAACUGUUGAAAUGAUGAACUCAACGUGGACCAAAUGGCAAAACUGGUGAAGAAGAAAGAAAGACAACAGAUCUUUACGAGCCAUUCCGCUCAAAAGGGAUGGCUCCGAGUCGGAAACUUUCCACUAACUACGCAUAUGAGCAAAGGUUCGUGACGGAACAGGCGUGUGUGUGUACACAUUGUAAAGUUGUUGUUUGGCGGCAUAAAGCCAAAAAAAAGGACGACGUAUCGCAUCAUAGACAAAUGAGUAUGAGUGCGGAUUUGUGUAAAAAGCGGGUGAGAGAACCUGUGUACCUACUCACAAGAUUACUUAAAAUGCAUAUAUAACAAACAAACAUAAAAGAAAAGAAGAGAAAACACACUAAAUUAUCCCAUCGAAUUUUGAAUCUUAGGGUUUGAGCCAUUUUAACACGAUCGUGCUGUGUAUGUUAUAUAGCCUGUAAAAUGUAAGAGUACACGCUUGCAGGGGUGGUCUACGUGUUUCGAGUGCACCCAAAACAUAACAAAAGAAAUGGAGGAAACAGUUUUCAGAGAGUGCCGAGUUUGCCGAGCUUGCAUAGCAACCUUCCCCUUCCCCAGUGUAUAAGCGCGCGCGUGGGGAAGUUGCUGUUAAUGAUACUGUUUCUAAUCUGUUUGUUGUACAGUGGUUGGGCCCAAACUUGCUGUUGGGGAAAACAAGUUGUAAAGACAAGCGAUAACAAGGUUCAAGAGUGGGCGCGCACAUGCAAGCCAGCAAUAGCGAGGCUGGGACUGGGAGAAGACCCGUCUUUUGCAGCGUUGACGGGCUAUGCGCUUAAUGAUUUGGAAGGAGAGACAGAGAGAGAGAGAGAGAGAGAGAGAGAGAGAGAGAGAGAGAGAGAGAGAGA